AUGGUCAGCUCCUGUUGUGGCUCCUCCUGCUCUGGCCAGAGCUGUGGCUCUGGCUGCUGUGCACCCUGCUGUUGCCGUACUUCCUGCUGCUUCCGGCCUCCCUGCUACCAGAGCACCUGCUGCAGGACCAGCUGUUACAGGCCUACCUGCAUUGUGUCUACCUGCUGCCGCCCCAGCUGCUGUGGCUCCAGCUGCUGCCAGCCCUGCUGCCGCCCCAGCUGCUGUGGGUCUAGUUGCUGCCAGCCCUGCUGCCGCCCCAGUUGCUGCAUUUCUAGCUGUUGCCAGCCAAGCUGCUGUAGACCAAGGUGCUGCCAGUCUGUUUGCUGCCAAACAACCUGCUGCCGCCCCAGCUGCUGCCAGCCCUGCUGUCGCCCCAGCUGCGGUGUGUCCAGCUGCUGCCAGCCCUGCUGCCGCCCAACUUGCUGCCAGACUACCUGCUGCAGAACCACCUGCUGCCGCCCUACCUGCUGUAGGUCUCCCUACUGCUGA